UAAGGAUGGGUGUGUGCGGUAAACGGUUUUCAAAUGGGUUUUAAUAAGUGAUACAUUUUAAAAUGGUGACGAAUAAAGACGCGGAGGCUGGGGUCCAGAAGGAGGAGAUACCUCAUGAUCAUCUCUUCAAAGUGACCGGGCUGUCUUCGAGCAAUCUGCAGAAAUUGGGACAAGAUGUAGCAGCAGCGACCCCAGCAGACUUCGAAGCCGCUAUCGCUGCGACUGGUUACGGCAAAUUCAAUAUCCUACUGAUGCUGUGCACGCUGCCAGCCUUCUGGAGCGCGGUGUCGGUCACCAGCAGUGUGUCGUACAUCUUCACGCGUGCGCAGUGCGACAUGCAGCUCAGCCUGCUUGAUAUGGGCACUGUCAAUGCUAUCACUUAUGGAGGUAUGAUCUCCUCGGCCAUGAUUUGGGGCUUCUUGUCGGACACGCUCGGUCGGCGCCGCAUCAUGGUGUGGGGCAACUUCUUCUCCGGCGUCCUCGAGCUCUGCGGCUCCCUCAGCCAGAACUUCCCUAUGUUGCUGCUGACGAGAUUUGCCAGUGGCUUUCUCUUCAACGGCCCCUUCGCAGUCCUGAUAUCCUACUUGGCAGAACUCCACCGCACAGAGUUGAGGGCUCGUGUCAUCUUACUCACCAGCCUGUUCUACACCAUCGCCAACACCACACUGCCGCUCCUCGCCUGGGCUAUCCUCACUAAGGACUGGCAUUUCUAUAUGUUUGGGAAUAAAUUUGUAAUACACGCUUGGAACAUAUUUCUGAUGGCUACUGCGCUGGUCCCUAUGUUUACUGGCCUGGCCUUCCUCUGCAUGCCUGAAAGUCCCAAAUUCCUCAUGUCCAGAGGGAGAAACGAAGAAGCCAUGCAGGUCUUCAGGAAGAUCUACACUAUGAAUACUGGGAAACCUAAAGAAGAAUAUCCGAUAGCAGUGUUAGUAGAAGAGAAAUCAGAAGAGCAAGCCCAGGGCGUGGCCGCGUUGCGUGGCGGGCUGUCGCAGCUGGCGCCGUUGUUCCGGGCCCCCCAUCUCAAGUGGCUCGUGCUCAUGUGUGUCAUCCAUCUGGGCUGCAUGUUUGGAUCAAACACCCUCCGCCUCUGGUACCCUCAGCUGGCAGCCAUGAUCGGCUCCAACUCCAACGAGAGUCUCUGCGCUGCUAUCGCUCCCGAAGCAACCGUCCCGCCUGAUGAUGUCUCCUGCAAACCCAUACUAACCGACAUGCUGACGUAUCUGCAGAGUGCUAUAGUUGGCGCAGGUUCAGUCCUCACGUAUGGCAUUGGCGGCGCAUUAGUUAAUAGAUGCGGCAAAAAGCUGGUUUCAGGUCUGUGUGGCGUUCUCAGCGCAUUGGUCAUCAUCCUCCUUCCAUUCCUGGGCACCGGCGCGUUCACCGUGGUGGGUCUGGUGACCGCCGCUCUUGCCUUCACUUCCUUGUGUGGAGCAUCGCUAUCGAGCAUCACUGUGGAUCUGUUUCCUACUUCAUCCAGAGUGAUGGCCCUGGCCACGUUCCUCAUGUGCGGCAGAGUGGGCACCAUACUUGGAACCAUCACUUUCCCAGCUUUAAUCAAGUUUGGUUGUCUACCACCUUUCAUCACCAUCGCCGCUGUGCUUGGAGCUGUUGGUCUCGCGUGUGCUAUUGUGCCAAACACUACUCUGAAGAAACUGGAAUGAGAUGAUGAAUUCAAUCAACCAUUGAUUUCAAAUUUUUUUUUAACGCCGCAUUUAGGUAUUAAUUAAAGUUACACAAUAUGUUUUUAACUUAGAAGGACUUAACCAUGCUAAGCGCUGACCUUCACUAGCUGGAGAGGCACCCAUAGAAGAAGAUGUUCUUGUGCACUCAAAAGAGUUGUGUAUGUUUUAAACCAUCAAUCGAUCAUUUGAUCGAAUAUAUAUCUAAAUUGUAUUAAUGGCAAACUCGUUUCAUUAUAAUAACCUUUUUCUUUUUUUUUUUUGAAAUAUAAUACACGUAAUAUUAAUUUAUGUAUUAUUUUUGUACAAUAUACUUACAACAUCUGUUUCUCUUGUUGUAUUUUGUUGUUCUUUCUUGUAUGUUGUUUUUAUCACGUUUUUUAUAUUUUUUGUUAUAUUAUUUAGCUAAAUGUUAAGGAUUUUUUUAGGUUAAUAAAAUUGUUGUAAAUAUGUAAUUACUCAAUGUUCG